AAGCUUGCGACUUUAGUUUGAUACUGUACCAGAGCCAAAGAUCUUUCUAUAUAUAUAGCAUGGAGAAUAUACUAGCGAUGCACUUUGGAAAUCAGGUUUCGAGGGACAGCUUUUCUGUGCUUUGGAAACAGGAAGAUGUCUUUGGAAAUUUUGAUUUCAAAAACGAAAAAUUGUACUUCCUUUUUUCCGCAGAGUACAAGUUUGAAAUCUCUUAUGAGAACAUUUCGAAGAUUGAGCUAUAUCGUCCACGUGCUCAAGCAACACAGUUUAUUCUCAUUCAGUUACUUGGUGCUCCAAGGAUAUAUGUGAAAGAUGUAUCUGAGUGGGUCAGAGAAGUUGAUUUCACUCCAUCCAGCCGCAUAGGCCAAUCUUAUGCUCUAUGUUUAGAGCUUCCAAAAGAGAUGCAGCUUUCGGAAUUUCAUCUUGAUGAUUUUUUCCAUUAUAAAGAAAUUGAAGACCAAUUUGUAUUGAUGGAAGGCUCUCCUUACUCAUCCAGUUCAGGUCUUGUGCCCAUUGUGAAUCCAUCAACAGGCUUUGACCUGCCCUAUAAAAUAUUAUUUAAGAUUAACUCUUUGAUUCAGCAUGGGCGUGUUCCUGGGCCAGCAAUUGUUGACGAUCUUUAUAGGUUGGUCGAUCCAAUGAGAAUCAAAAUCCAGUACAUAGAAAGUGCCCUGGAAAAGCUUUUGAAUUUAAAGGACUGCUGCUAUGAACCUGUGAAAUGGCUCCAGGCGCAGUACAAAGGAUACGCAACAUCUACUCGAUUUCAAACAACUCCUGCUAUUUCUUUAGAUGAUGGGCUAGUAUAUAUACACAGGGUUCAAAUCACUCCAUCUAAAGUAUACUUCUGUGGUCCAGAGGUGAAUCUCUCUAACAGAGUCUUGCGCCAUUAUCCUGAAGAUAUUGAUAAUUUUCUGCGUGUUUCUUUUGUCGAUGAGGACUUGGAUAAAAUGCGCUCAAUAGCUUUAUCUCCACGUUCAUCAUCUAAAAAUGAGGACAAGCAAACAAGUGUUUAUGACAGGAUACUAUCCACUCUCAGAAAUGGAAUAGUUAUUGGGGAUAAGAAGUUUGAGUUUCUUGCCUAUUCAUCCAGUCAGGUACGAGAAAAUUCUGUUUGGAUGUUUGCUUCAAGACCUGGCUUGACUGCAGCAAGUAUUAGAGAAUGGAUGGGUGAUUUUCGAGAAAUAAGGAAUGUGGCAAAAUAUGGUGCAAGAUUGGGUCAGUCUUUUGGCUCUUCUAGAGAAACUGUCAGUGUUGGCAUAGAUGAAAUUGAAAUCAUUCCGGAUGUAGAAGUUAAGAAGGGACAAGUCACGUAUUGUUUCUCAGAUGGCAUAGGGAAGAUAUCUGCAGAAUUGGCUCGCGAAGUGGCAACAAAGUUAGGCUGUAGCCCUGUUCCAUCAGCAUUUCAGAUUCGAUAUGGUGGGUACAAAGGUGUUGUGGCUGUUGAUCCGACAUCAUCGGUAAAGUUGUCAUUGAGAAAGAAGAGCAUGUGUAAAUACAAAUCACAUGACACAAAACUCGAUGUUUUGGCAUGGAGUAAGUUUCAACCCUGUUUUCUCAAUCGACAGAUAGUAACUCUUUUGUCUAACCUAGGGGUUAAGGAUCGAGCUUUUCAAGAAAGGCAAAGGGAGGCUAUAGAUCAAUUGAAUGCCAUAUUAACAGAUCCUUUGAGGGCUCAGGAGGCAUUGGAAACGAUGUUCUCAGGAGAGAUCUCAAAAGUUCUGAAGGAAAUGCUUAUAUGUGGUUACAAACCAGAUGCUGAGCCAUUUCUUUCAAUAAUGCUUCAAACAUUCCGUGCAUCUAAGUUGAUGGACAUGCGGUUGAAAACAAGGAUUUUUAUUCCAAAUGGAAGAGCUUUGAUGGGAUGCAUGGACGAAACCAGGACAUUGGAAUAUGGUCAAGUAUUUCUACAAGUUUCCCGCUUUAGUAGGGAUCUGAGUAACCCAAAUAACUUCAUCUGUGAAGGUCGGGUGGUUGUUGCUAAAAACCCUUGUCUACACCCAGGAGAUGUGAGAGUCCUCGAAGCUGUGAACGUGCCAACUCUACAUCACAUGGUGGAUUGCAUUGUUUUUCCACAAAAGGGAAAAAGACCACAUCCAAAUGAAUGUUCGGGAAGUGAUUUAGAUGGAGACAUGUACUUCGUCUCUUGGGAUUGUGAUCUUAUUCCUCCUCGUCAAGUUAAACCUAUGGAAUAUACUGCAGCACCAACUGUGGAAGUCGAUCAUGAUGUUACAAUAGAGGAAGUAGAACAGUAUUUCACAGACUACAUAGUCAACGACAAUUUAGGAAUCAUCGAUAAUGCCCACGUCGUCUUUGCAGAUAGGGAGCGCAAAAAAGCAAUGAGCCCUAAAUGUAUGGAGCUUGCGAUGCUACACUCAAUUGCUGUUGACUUCCCAAAAACUGGUAUUGUAGCCGAAAUACCUCGUUAUCUACGCGUCAAAGAGUAUCCAGAUUUCAUGGAAAAGCCUAAUAGAAAGAGCUACAAAUCAAAAUCUGUUAUCGGAAAGCUUUUCCGAGAAGUGAAAGAUAUUGCAUCGCCCACGAGUCCUGUGGAAUCCUUCACUUUGGAGUUAGCAAAACAGCAUUAUGACCCAGAAAUGGAAGUAGACGGCUUUGAGAACUACCUCAACGAUGCUUUCAAACACAAAAGUGACUAUGAUUUCAAGUUGGGGAAUAUGAUGGAGCAUUAUGGAAUCCAAACUGAAGCCGAGAUUCUCAGUGGCAAUGUUUUGAAAAUGUCAAAACAUUUUGAUAGGAAGAGGGAUCUAGAUGCCAUUAAAUAUGCUGUAAAGUCAUUGAGAAUGGAAGCUAGGAACAGGUUCAACGAGGGAAUUGAUGUAGACGAAGGUACUGAUAGCGCAAAAGCAAAAGCAAAAGCAAAAGCAUCGGCAUGGUAUCAUGUCACAUAUCAUCAUACUUACUAUGGUUGCUACAACGAGGGAUUGAAUAGGACCCAUUUCCUCAGUUUUGCAUGGUGCGUCUAUGACCAGCUUGUGCAAAUCAAGAAGGAUAAAAGAGCAUAUAAUUUCUUGACAACUGCCAUUGACGCAGUAUCCAUUUAGGUCGAUGAAAGCAGCAGUUUUAUAUGACUACUUAUAUUUUACCUUUGUGUAGUAGUACUGUUAUUGGUAUUAAUUUGCUUGUAAAUACUCCAAGCAGGUGUUUGGGGCUUAAAAAUAUGUAUUAGUUUCUAUUGUAUUUGAAUACAUUUCCAGUUUGUAUCUUGUCAUUGAUUCUACAAUAUAUAAAAACUAGUCGCGAAUA